UGCCGGAUUUCGGAGAGGUUAAUUCUUGCCCCCACUGUGGGAACCCACGUUACUACUGCCCUUGAAGUCGACCGUAUGAACUCCGCCCCCAUGACCACUGUGGGAACUAUACUACCGAAUCUCUCAGGAGGCGCAAGCACUUCCGGCCAAAGAGGGUGGGAAUGGGACGGUGGUUCUCUGGCUUUCUGGGAAGUGUAGUCCGGAAGUCCCGUAGACAGUCGUACACUUCCCCAGGGCCGCCUGGAAACAUGAAUUCUGGGUAGUUGAUCCUCCCGCAGCCUGGGGCGGGGCGGUCUCAGGCACUUACGCUCGGGUGGCCAGGUUGCUACAGGCUCUUCCGUCGCUGUGACACUACCAGGCACAGAUCUGCCUCAGCAGGACUCUAUUCCCAGAAUCUGUACAUCUCCAGAAGUAGCAAGAGAAAAUGACCACAUUCAAGGAGGUAGUGACGUUCAAGGACGUGGCUGUGGUCUUCACGGAGGAGGAGCUGGGGCUGCUGGACCCCACCCAGAGGAAGCUGUACCGAGAAGUGAUGCUGGAGAACUUCGGGAACCUGGUCUCUGUGGGGCAUCAACCAUUCAAACAAGACAUGGUCCACUUGGUAAGGGAAGGAAAGUUUUGGAUGAUGAAGUUAGCAGCUCAAGGAAAAGGCAAUUCGGGAGACAAAAUCCAACACAAGAUGGAGACUAUUCCUAAAGUGGAACCACAUGAAGAACUUUCUUGCUGGCAAAUCUGGCAGCAUAUUGCAGAUGACUUAACCUGGUGUCACAACUCCAUGAUAAAGAGUUCUCAAUUCCACAGACAAUGGGAUUUACCCAGCCACGUUGAGGCAGCACGGUCUAAAACCCACACAGGCCAGAAGACUUCCCUGGGAAAUGAGUGCAAAAAGAUCUUUAGUGAUACCUCCCACUGUGAUCUUCAACACAUAAACUCAGGGGAGAAGUCUCACACAUGUCGCGAGUGUGGGAAAUGCUUCUUUUAUAGCUCAGCGCUUCGUAUUCAUCAGAGAGUUCACCUGGGAGAGAAACGGUAUAGGUGUGAGGAGUGCGGUAAGGAAUUCAGUCAGAGCUCAUGCCUGCAAACUCAUCAGAAAAUCCACACCAUAGGGAAGCCAUUCAAAUGUGGGGAAUGUGGGAAAGGCUUCAGUCGUAGAUCAGAACUUAGUAAUCAUUGCAGGUUACACUCGGGAGAGAAACUUUAUAAGUGUGAGGGAUGUGGAAAGGCCUUCAUUAAUGCUUGCCAUCUUCAGGACCAUCAGAGAGUCCAUACCGGGGAGAAGCCAUUCAAGUGUGAUAUCUGUGGUAAGAACUUCCGUCGUAGAUCAGCACUUAAUAGUCAUUGUGUGGUCCACACGGGAGAAAAACCAUACAAGUGUGAGGAGUGUGGGAAGUCCUACACUUGGCGUUCACGUCUUCGUAUCCAUAAGAAGGUCCACAUGGGACAGAAACCAUACAAAUGUGAAGAAUGUGGAAAGAGCUUCUUUUCUAGGACACAUCUUUAUUAUCAUCGGAGGUUCCACACAGAGGAGAAACCUUAUAAUUGUAAGGAAUGUGGGAAGAGCUUCAGGUGGGUCUCACCUCUUUUGACACAUCAGCGAGUCCACAGUGGAGAAAAACCAUUCAAAUGUGAAGAAUGUGGGAAGGGAUUUGGUCAGAAAUCGUGCCUGCAAGCUCAUCAGAAAGUCCACACCAGAGAAAAGCCAUACAAAUGUGAGGAAUGUGGGAAGGGCUACAAGACGAGCUUGGAUCUUGAUGUGCACCAGAGCGUCCAUUUGGGAGAGAACCCAUACACCUGUAGGACAUGUGGUAAGCACUUCACUAGGACCUCAAAUCUUAAAGUUCAUCAGAGAGUCCACACUGGAGAGAAACCGUACAAAUGUAAUGUGUGUGGUAAGGUCUUCAGUCAAUCUGGACAUUUAAAAUCUCAUCAGAGAGUUCACACAGGGGAGAAACCUUACAAGUGUGAGAUAUGCAGUAAGCAGUUCAGUUCAAGUUCGUAUGUUAAAAUUCAUCACAGAAUCCACGUUGAGGAUAAAUCUCAUUCUGUCUCAUAGGAGGGAAAACAUUUGUUUCAUUAAAGUGAAUGUUUCAGCCAUAGCUGAAUGCAUCCUGGUGAUCCCAAGGUCACAUAAGUGGUGUAGCGUACAAGGUACAAGAACCUUGGCAGUUGUAGCUAUCACUCAAGAAAAAGGCCUAAAUAUAACAAUUUCUUUAGGCCUUUAUCAGAUUCUAAUGGUGGAUGUUAAAAUCGAUGUCCCCUGAAAUAGAAGCUUCAUGAGGGCAGGGAGUUUGUUUGCUGCUGAAUCUCUACAAUCAGCAUUGAAUAGCACUCUGUGUAUGCACUUAGUACACAUUUGUUAAAUGAAUCAAAAGGAAGAGAGAAUUAGGGAAGAUUGUGGAGUAGGAGGACGCUAAGCUCCUCUCCUCUCAUCGAUGCAACUAGACAACACUCACAUCAGCGUAAAUAACCCAGAAAUUGACCCCGACACUGGCAGAACAAAGUCAGCAUCUAAAGGUGUAGAAGAGGCCAUAUCAGAAAAGGUAGGAAGGGCAAAGAUGCAGUUUGGGAGUGAGCCAGACUGGCCCUCUGUGGAGGGGAAGGAACCAGUGGUGUAGAGAAGACAAAAAACAGACUGUCACACUGGGGAGCCCACAUGGGGAAGAUGAAUCCCUGUAACGCUUGGCUUUGAAAGCGAGAGGGGCCAAAUGGCAUGAGUUCUUAGCAGCCAGCUGGACUUAAAGCCUGGAUUUCCAGUGUCUGUGGGCCGGGCUCUGGGAGAGCACGAUGAACAGCUGGUGGAGACACAACCAGGAAUCAAGUUUGGCAAAUGCCAGGGGCAGACAGCAGGGACAGCAAUUUACUGAGUGUGGCCUGGAGAGGCAGGGAUCAUGGGGACACUCCUUUGGGAACAAAGGAGGGAACCAUUUCCCUCCCUGGUCCCCCCAGCAUAAGCACAUGGGUACCUGCUGGAACCAGCACGGCGCCCACACUCCUUACCUAACUUGGUUACACCAGCCCCUGCCCCCCUGUGCUCUGGUGGGUCUGCCUUUCCCAAUCACACCUGCUUCAGUCCCGGCACUGUGAAGACCAGAGCAAGCCUACCUUGUCUCCUGACCUGUGUGUUUUGCAGAACAUCAGUUCCAGAGGUGGCAGCUUCAACAGGUCUCAUUUCACAAACAGACCAGCACAUAUCAUUAAAAUGGGCUCUACCCAGCUGGGACCAAACACUGCCCACAAUAGGCAAAGAGAGCCUCUGCAGGUGACCAGACUGAAUAAAAAGAGCCCAGGACACAGCACUGGGGCACAGGCAACACACAUAGGAGACCCUGCCCCUGAAGCGACAGGUCCCAGGAAACAGGAGACCGUGCACUGCAGGGCACUACAGGACUUGUUCUUCAUAAGGGCAUUACCUUCAAGAGCAAGAGACACAGCUGACUUUCCUAAUAUGCAGAAAUAGACAUGGAGACAAAAUGAGAUGGGAAUAUCUCCCAAAUGAAAGUACAGGACCAAACCACAGCAAGAGACCUAAGCGAAAUGGAUAUAAGUAAUAUUCCAGACAGAGAAUUUAAAGUAAAGAUCACAGAUACUCACUUGGUUUGAGAAGAGUGGAGGACAUCACUGAGACCCUUAAUAGAUUAAAAAGAACCAAGCAGAGAUGAACACAAUAAAUUAAAAAUGCACUUGAUGGGAUAAGAAGAAGGUGAGAUGAAACAGGAAUGAAUGAAUGUCCUGGAAGACAGAGUAAUGGAAAGUAAGCCACACAAAUGAGAGGAAGAAAAUCAUGGAGAUUGAGGAUAGGGAACUCAAUGACUCCAUCAAGCAUAAUCGCAUAAUAACAUUUGCAUUAAAGGGACCCCAAAAGGAGAGAAAAGGGGGCAGAAAUUUUACCUGAAGAAAUAAUAGCUGAAAACUUACCUAAUGUGAGGAAGGAAACAGAUAACCAGAUCCAGGAGGCAGAGAUCCACCCAAAAAAUCAGCCCAAGGAUGUCCACACCAAGAUACAUAUUUGUUAAAAUGGCAAAAAGUGAUAAAAUAUUUUAAAUGAACCAAAGAGGCAAAAUGUGCAAUCUUUACAAAUUGUAUCUGGAAAAGGAAACCAGCAAAAAAACUAAUAAAUAAUUCUGAGGAACAAAUAGUUGAAAUGCAGAAAUACACUGAGUACUGUGUUCCACAGCAUUAUUUUGGUAGUUUCCUAUUAUGGUUGGCUCUGGCUAUCAGCCUGUGUUCUGAGGUUGAGUUCUUAUUUUUCAUGUCUUGGUCUCAUAUCCCAUUGGUUUACGCAGUAGCAGUUGAACUCUUGUGAUUUUUCUCACAUUGCAGACUGAAACAAUUUAACUUCACAAUAACUGGCCACUGCACAUAUCUUAAUGGAAUUUUCUCAACAAAGUUAAGGCAAGGGUUCAAAGAAACACUAAAAACAUCAGAUUUAUAUAGUAGUGAUAAAAACAUUUUUCUUAAUUUUGAAUUUGUCAUUGAGUUUUAAAUUUCUGCAUUUCCAUGUAGUCUUUGAUAUGAUUGCCUUCUAAUUGUAGGAUUUUUUUUUAAUCAAACUUCUGUGGUAGAAAUUUAUGCCAAUUUGAAGGACAUUUAAUUUGUCAGCUUCCCAUAUUUUCCCCUCAUCCCCAUGAAAAUAAAUACUAGAAAAAUUUGGGAUUUGGUGAUUGCAUCAAAUACAUUAAUUACAGGGUGCAGAAAUGACAUAUGUUUUUCUUGGUGACAAUAAAAACAUUUUUUUGAAAAGCAGUAUACUUCAGAAUGUGUAACAUGCAACUUCGAUCUGGAAAUCGUACUAUAGGAAACAUACUAUGAGAUUCAAACAAUGAAAAGAUGAAUACCACAUCAGUAAUGUCACAGAGUUUUAACAAUGGAUAUAACAAGUGUUCAAUAAGAAUUUGUUUAAAUUUCAUAUAUUCCCGUAAUAACAUGGGGCCAUUAAAUUAAUGUCAAGGAUAUGUAAUAGCAGGAGAAGAACAUAAUAAAAGCUUUGUGAAAUCAGA